UCAUUGGGAGGAGACUAAAGAGCUGCUGCUUCAAAAACCCCACCCUGGGCUUUGCCCUUUUUUUGCUUCAGGAUUACUUCUGCUGCUGCUGCUUUUUGCUUCUGCUGCUCCUGGCAGCAUCUUUUCAAGAUGUCUACUGUCCAUGAAAUCUUGUCCAAGCUCACCCUCGAGGGAGAUCAUGCUGUCCCUCCAAGUGCCUAUGCCACUGUCCGGGCCUACGGAAAUUUUGACGCCGACCGAGACGCCGCAGCUCUCGAAACCGCCAUCAAGACCAAAGGCGUAGAUGAGGUGACCAUCGUCAACAUUUUGACAAACCGUAGCAACGAACAACGUCAAGAUAUCGCCUUUGCCUACCAGCGGAGGACAAAGAAGGAACUUGCGGCAGCUCUGAAGUCGGCUCUCUCUGGCCAUCUGGAGACUGUGAUCCUGGGGCUGCUGAAGACGCCGCCUCAAUAUGACGCUUCGGAGCUGAAAGGCUCCAUGAAGGGCCUGGGGACGGACGAAGACACGCUCAUUGAGAUCAUUUGCUCGCGGACAAACCAGGAGCUCAACCAAAUUAACAGAGCGUACCGGGAAAUGUACAAAACUGAGCUGGAAAAAGAUAUCAUCUCAGACACAUCGGGCGAUUUCCGGAAGCUGAUGGUUGCAUUGGCCAAGGGAAGGCGGAAUGAAGAUGCUUCUGUGGUGGAUUACGAACUGAUUGACCAAGAUGCCAGGGAGCUGUAUGAUGCUGGCGUGAAAAGGAAGGGCACCGAUGUUCCCAAGUGGAUCAACAUCAUGACCGAGAGGAGCGUUCCUCAUCUGCAGAAAGUGUUUGAGAGGUACAAGAGCUACAGUCCCUAUGAUAUGCUGGAAAGCAUCAAGAAGGAAGUGAAAGGAGACCUGGAAAAUGCCUUCAUUAAUCUUGUUCAAUGCAUUCAGAACAAGCAGCUCUACUUUGCUGACCGUCUGUAUGACUCCAUGAAGGGCAAAGGAACCCGGGACAAGAUCUUGAUCAGGAUUAUGGUCUCUCGCUCUGAGGUCGACAUGCUGAAAAUUAAGAGCGAAUUCAAGAGGAAAUACGGAAAGUCCCUCUAUUACUUCAUCCAGCAAGACACAAAGGGAGAUUACCAGAGGGCACUCCUGAACCUUUGUGGCGGAGAAGACUGAGAACUGAGAACUGAGAUGCAUUUGGGAAAAGAAGAAAUGAAAUGAGACAUUCCCGCCGUGAAAUGUGCUUUAUUAUUCCCCCUCCUUGCUUCUCCUAUUCUCUUCCUCCCGCCUUUCCAAAACUAGUGCCAUUGACACAGUAGCCUCACUAACUUGACUUGUGUAUGCCAUCGAGGAGAGAAGGGUUUUGUCAGUUUGCUUUUCCAUAUAGGUUUCCUUGCUGCGUGGCUUUCCCUCCCCAAAAUUGCUAAUCUCAGUAGGAGCAAAAAAGCAAAAAAGGUAACAUUCCCAAAGGAGAAAGAAAGAGAGAAAGGGGAAAGGGUCCUUGUGGGGUAGCAAGACAUUCCUUUGAAAGUAACAAUAAAAAUGGCGUUUUUACUAUAAGAGGAAAAAAAUACAAUACCCGCA